UAUCACGAGUAAUCGCUCACAGGAAAAAAAGAGUUUGCGAAAAAACGGAAUAAAAAUCGAAAUUAAUUGAAACCCGUGGAGUUAGCGGAAGCUGGUGUGCUCCAUUGACCACUUACAGGGCCAAGAACCGCGGCCAAGCCCAUCCGCCUGUGGAGCAAGUGAAACUAUCUGAAAAGCAAAGCAAAAGAUAUUUUCUCGCCCUCAUUUGUACAUAGAAUCAGCAUUAUUUGUAAAAGGGGGAAGCGGGGGGGCUGGUUUUGAUAGGCGUGGAAAUAAACAAACGAAACUUAUAGAAUCGGACAGAAAAAAGGAAGUUGAUUGGAUUAUAUCGAGUCUAGGCAACGGAGGAAAGGGGCGUGGCUUGCUCACGCUCGAAGCCCACUAAAUUGUCAACAAGUAGGCGGCUGUAAUGGACGUGUCGCUUACAGAGCCGGAGUCGCGUUUCUACAGCGAACUCUUUCAAUGCUGCGACGUGGAGAACACUGGCAAGGUGCCCAUUCUAAAAGCCACGGAACUAUUUCGCUCGGCGGACAUUAGCAAUGAAGCGGUUAUUGAGAUCACUGGUCUGGCUGGAAUUCCCUCCGCGGCGCUCCACAUCUCGCGGUGCCAGUUUUACUCGUGCCUCAAGCUCAUUGCCGCCCACCAAGCGGCUAUGCCACUGCGUCAGGAACUAAUAUCCGCCUCAGUGCCGUUGCCAUUGCCCCACUUCAGUUGGAAGGAGGCGGCCACGGCUCCUGUUUCUCUAGUUGAGAACGGAUUAAGUGUUUCGGGGGAUUGUAGCAACUCUUUGCGUCGUAACUCACAGCAGGAACAGUUUCAGGAUGUCUCUGAUCUCCCCAGUACCGACUCUGAGAUAGAGCAGAACGAAUCAGUGGAUGAGGCUAGUGGUCAUGGACGCGGUACGGAUGGUAGCGGAGUCGUUAGCAGUAGCAGUCGGGAGAAUGUCAGGCGGCGUCGCGGUGGUGGUGGCUCCCCGGAGGCCUGGAGCACCAAUAGCGACAGCCCCACGCCCACCAACAGUGUGGCCGAACGACCAUGGGCCCAGGACACUUUGUGGCACGGCUUGCUGGGCGACGAGCACCGCCAACUUCUGGGCACUGAAGAGGAGUCUUCGGACCGUCAUAGCAGCGACGACGAGGAAAACGAAAAUGAACUGGUCACGCUGUAUCAAAUAACACCUGAGCAGCGCGAGUACUACAAUAAGCAGUUCAAGGCGGUGCAAAGGGAUCCACAUGGACUUCUUUCCGGUCAGGCAGCUAGGGUAUUUUUUGAGAAGAGCCGCAUUCCUGUAGAAGAGCUGCGGCAUAUUUGGCAAUUGUGCGAUGUGACUCGUGAUGGUGCUCUAAGCUUAUCGGAAUUCACUGCCGCAAUGCAUUUGGUAGUAUUGCGGCGCAACAACAUUCCUCUGCCCACCAGCCUACCUCACUGCUUGCAUCCUAACGUGUUGCAGGUGGGAGUUACUGGGGGAAGUGGAGUGGGAUCUUCGUCGGCGACGUCGCAGCCACAGGAGCCGCCUGAGGCCGAUCUCCUGCACUUAAAUGAUGACGAGGAGGACGACCAUACUGACAACACGAUUAUUGCCGGCAAUCUGAGUGGAGGUAGUUCCUCCAGCAAACCGCGUCAAAAUGUGCCCGGCGACAAGAAUAUAAUGAAUCAGAGCAACAUCUCAACGUCCUCGCAGGCCAGCAAUAGUUCAAGGCGCGAGGCUACACCAUCCAUGAACCGCAGCAUUUCCAAUUCGCCAAACGUUGAGAAGAUUGCAUCUGGAACGAUUUCCACCACAGGAAACGCUGUAGAACCCGCCAGCCAAUGGACAAAAUUUAGUGAAUCUCCCACAUCGAGUGUGGCCCCCGUGCAGUCAUCAGUUGGGGAGCAGGCGGCUCCCGCUGCUGCUCCUAUCGUUACUAGUCCCGGUCUCAAGCCAGCACUGUUUGAUAUGAAGCGCUCCGCACAAGAUGUAGUAUCCAACCCUCAGAUCCUUCACCCAGUACCGCUUAGAGUGACGCCCAUUGGCACAGCCACGGCUGCCUCGACCGAGCCAUCUAACGACAACGAAAGUGUUGUGAUUUUACGGGAGGACAGCCCCAAGGCUAUCACAUCUACCGUGGUGACCAGUCAGUCGUCAGGCGGUAAUGUUCCCAGUUCCCAUCGUGAUAGCAAUGAUUUGCGUGCCAUCCAGAGGCCCCAGGCCAAAAAGCUGCCGGCUAAAAACAGCGCACUGCCUCCGCCGCCGCAACGGGAGGCGAGCAUUGGAUCUAGCGGACCGAGCGAACCGCCGGAGCAACAGACUGUCUACGGGGCGCCAAAAAAGGAGCCACCGCCCUUGCCACCCCCAAGGCCCCAUCGCCAUGCACGUAGCAGCAGUCUGGACCUGAACAAGUUCAAAGUGGUCACCACUGGCGGUGCUCAGCAAGAGAUUACUGCGCAGACCAGCUUCGAUAUGCAAACCUCAACGGGUUUUGCCGAUUUCACGCACUUUGCCGAUGAAGGCAGCGCCGCGAGCAUCGCGGACGAACAGCAGUUGCAUUCGUUACCUCCAGUAGCACCGCCCCCACAGGCUGCUCCGCCUACGAGGAUUACGUUGCAGCAAACGCGUGUCUCUGCAUUUGAGGUGUACCGAAAGCCACAAUCACCGCCCCAGCAGCCGCCACCGCGGGCUCCCACUACAGUAGGAACGGUCCUACCUAGUGCCGAGAGCUUUGAGAAGCGAGUGACUGCCAUCAGUGACUCCCUUCGACAUGUGACCUUUACGAAAGGACAGGGCAGCACAACGGAACUUCUGCAGAAGCUGCGCGAGCAGAACAACUCUCUUCUGCAUCUCUGCAACGACUUGAGUGACGAAUUGUUAAGUGUCCAGACGCGCAAGGAGGAAAUGCGCCUUAAGCUGGAAGGCUUGACAGGUUCUGACACUCCUGGCCGAACAAGCUCCACAAACUCGGGCCCUGUGACGGCUAACGUGACUGGUGGACCGGACUGGUGAACCUUGAAAAUGUAUUGAGGUUUUUGAGUGAAUCGAUUUGUUUAGGAAGCUUUUUCCAAGUCGUAGAAAGAUAUCUAACAAUCCUUUGACUAAAAGUUGUUUGAUUUAAUUUAUAAGUUCAGAAUAUUCCGUUCAUAUUUUUCUUUCUUUCUAAAGUAAUUUUUUUAUAAUCUAAGCAUUUUCAAAGUCGCUACAUCUCCAACGCGAGUUUUACGUGUUUGUGUAAUGUAAAAAAUGUUUUAUAUCGUUAAAAAAUGUCUUUUUUCGAAAGAGACUUCACAGGCAACUAAACGAAUCGGUUCUCCCAUGAUGUUUAUCUAUUAUUUAUGUUGUUUCUAUUCGUUGCAAUCACAACUUAUUGAAAUUUUGCACCGCGAAAAAGCUUAGCACACAUUUGGGAAGGCGGCAUU